GGUCUCCUCUCCCAGAGUUGCAGGAGCAGUUCAGCCCUCCAGAGAUUGCGCCGCCGCUGAUGGUGAAGCUGGUGGAAGCUAUUGAGAAGAAAGGGUUAGACAGCGAGAUGUUGUACAGGACAUCUGGCUCCGAACUGAGGCAGGCGCUGAGAACCGAUUGGACCCUGGGUGACCUGGAGCCCUUCGACGUGCACUCCCUGGGCGAGGCGCUGCGAGGCUACCUGCAGGACCUGCCCUCCCCCGUGGUGCCGGUGUCCGUGCACGGAGACAUCCUUCGCGUCCUGCAGGAGAUCCCCCAGUCGGAGAAUUGCCGGAAGCAGCUGCUGCUGGCCCUGGAGUCGCCUGCGGUCCCACUCCAGAACACGCUCACCCUGCAGUUCCUGCUCCGGCAUCUGGGGAAGGUAUCGCAGCAGGCCGAGAGCAACAGCCUCCACCCUCGGGCCCUGGGAGAGAUCUUCGGCCCCCUUCUCCUCCGGCUGCCUGGCGCCAGCCCAGAGCUGAGCCCUGACUUCUCCGUGCUGUUUCUGGAGAUGCUUCUGCAGACAAAGGAGUUGGAGCCGGAACAGUUGCCUCCAGCCUUGCCUCCAAAACCACCUAAGCCAAAGCCCAGUGCUGCCAGCUUGGCCAACGGGAACAGCAUGCCCUUGCAGGACGCCGAGUGGUACUGGGGUGACAUUUCUCGGGAGGAGGUGAACGAGAAGCUACGGGACACUCCAGAUGGUACUUUCUUGGUGCGCGAUGCCUCCAGCAAGAUCCAAGGGGAGUACACACUCACGCUCAGGAAGGGAGGCAAUAACAAGCUGAUCAAGAUCUUUCACCGGGAUGGGAAGUACGGCUUCUCGGAGCCCCUGACUUUUGGCUCAGUGGUGGAGCUCAUCACCCAUUACCGGCACGAGUCGCUUGCCCAGUACAACGCCAAGCUGGACACCAGGCUGCUCUACCCCAUCUCCAAGUACCAGCAG